AUGACUGAGAAAAUGGGUGUCCUGACUAUUAGGGUUUUGGAAGACAUGUUUGCACCUUUGUUGCAGAAGUGUGUUGAGAUGGUAAGGUUGAAGAAAAUACAUGCCCAAAUUUUCAAAUUCUCGCUAUCACAAAGCAGCUUCUUGGCGACAAAAAUGGUGGACAUAUGUGAUCAAAAUGGAGAAGUAGAGUACGCAAUUUUGCUCUUCAAUCAGGUGGUCGAGCCAAAUAGUUUCUUGUACAAUGCAAUGAUUAGAGCUUAUACGCAUAGCCACUUAUACACAUCCACAAUCAAUGUUUACAAGCAUAUGUUGACAGACCCACAGGACAGAGACCCUGUUUUUCCCGACAAAUUCACAUACCCAUCUGUGAUUAAGUCCUGUGGAGGUCUUCUGUGCCUUCAUCUAGGCAAGCAAGUUCACGGACAUACAUGUAAAUUUGGGUUUAAGUCUAAUACAGUGAUUGAGAAUUCAUUGUUGGACAUGUACGUUAAGUGUGAGAAUCUGAGAGAUGCACACAAGCUGUUUGAGGAAAUGACUACAAGAGAUGUUAUUUCAUGGAAUAAUCUGAUCACUGGGCACAUUAAAUUAGGCCAGUUGAAAAGAGCAAGAGCAUUGUUUGAGGAGAUGCCAAGUAAGACAAUUGUUUCUUGGACAGCAAUGAUUUCUGGGUACACCCGAGUUGGGUGUUAUGCUGAUGCUUUGGAUGUCUUCAGGAGAAUGCAAAUGGAAGGAGUUAAACCGGACUGGGUCAGCUUGAUUGCAAUUUUGUCAGCAUGUGCCAAGUUGGGAGCUCUUGAGCUUGGCAAAUGGAUUCACUUCUUUGCAGAGAGAAAUGGGUAUCUGCAGGAGACUUGUGUGUGUAAUGCUCUGAUUGAAAUGUAUGCAAAAUGUGGGUGUGUGGGCCAAGCAUGGCAGCUGUUUGAUAAAAUGCCUGAAAGAGAUGUGAUUUCUUGGGGUACAAUGAUUGGUGGGCUAGCAAAUCAUGGCAAGGCAAGAGAAGCAAUUGAAUUGUUUCAAGAGAUGCAGAGAGCAAAGAUUGUACCAAAUCAGAUCACUUAUGUUGGGCUUCUAUCUGCAUGUGCACAUGCAGGUUUUUUGGAUGAGGGAUUGACCUACUUCGAAUCUAUGAGAAAAGAUUAUGGUCUAGCGCCAGGAAUUGAGCACUAUGGUUGUUUGGUUGAUCUUCUUGGUCGCACGGGUUGCCUUUAUCGGGCGCUUGAACUAAUAAAGAACAUGCCAAUUAAACCAGAUUCAGCAAUCUGGGGGUCUUUGCUGAGUUCUUGUAGAACUCACUGCAAUCUUGAAGUAGCCGUUGUCGCGAUGGAGCAUCUUCUGGAGCUUGAACCAGAUGACACGGGGAACUAUGUCUUGCUUUCAAAUAUUUAUGCUAGGGUGGGGAGAUGGGAUGGUGUGUCGAGGAUAAGGAAGCUCAUAAGAAGCAAGAGCAUGAAGAAAACACCAGGGUGUAGCCUGAUAGAAGUCAACAGUGUAGUCAAAGAAUUUCGAUCUGGGGAUGAUUCUAAAUUAUAUUCAGAACAAAUCUAUUGGGUUCUAGAGCUAUUGGCUUGGAAUCAAAGCACAUCUAGAAAUUCCAUUAUUGAAAGUGAAAGCAUGUUAUAAGGUCCAUGGAGUUUCAAAUGAAAGUGAAACCAAGUUAUAAAACCUGCACAAAUCGAGCACUGUAUUGAAGCCUGCAGGCUUGAAUGAAUACCAUGCCUGUUCAUAGCAUUUUGAUUCCCAAAACAUCAGAUGAUUUGCAGCAAUAUGAUUAAGGAAAGAGCCCCUCAGGA